UCACACCUGCACCGGCCUUCCAAACCAUAGGCAUGGACUACGCGGGUCCAUUUACAAUACUCAACAAGAAGGGGCGCGGCGCUCGCACUACAAAAUGCUACCUUUGUUUGUUCAUUUGUUUCCGCUACAAAUGCGUACAUUUGGAGGCAGUUAGCGAUCUCUCCAUGGAGGCAUUCAUUCUAUCUUUUAGGCGCUUUAUAUCGCGGCGAGGUAAGCCACUGGAAGUGUUUUCUGAUAACGGCAGGAAUUUCGUAGCCGCCGCCAAAGAAAUCAAUAAAUUCAUUAAUGAUAACGUGAACAAUCUGUCCGAUUUUGCAGCGAAUGAAGGUAUCAAAUUCAAUUUCCAUCCUGCCUAUGCUCCUCAUUUCUCUGGGUUAGCGGAAGCUGGCAUUAAGUCAGCUAAGCAUCAUAUUAAACGCGUAUUGGGGCUCGCUAACUUAACCUUCGAAGAGUUGACUACGCUAUUCGCGCAGGUUGAGGCUACAAUGAACAGCCGUCCCCUCUAUCCUCUAUCUUCCUCCCCUCAAGAUUUCCUUCCUCUCACCCCAGGUCACUUCUUGAUUGGCCGGCCGAUGACGUCACUACCAUCACCUGCAAUACCCGAAGACACGUCGCGCACCAUACAAUCACGGUACAAGAGGUUGGAAAUGCUACGUCAGUCAUUCUGGAGAAGAUGGCAGCACGAUUAUAUCGCUGAGCUCCAACAAAGGACAAAAUGGAAAGAAAAUCAUAACAAUUUGAAAAUCGGAGAUCUCGUUAUCAUCCAAGAAGACAACGUGCCCCCGCUGUGCUGGCGUCUCGGACGAAUCAAGCAACUAUACCCCGGUGCAGACGGCAUAGCUCGUGUGGCGGACAUCAAUACAACGAGAGGCUGCGUGCGACGAGCCCUUACGCGCCUCUGCCCGCUGCUCCCAUAACCGGGCCCCGAGUAUGUUCACGCCAACGUGAACGCACCAUAAUACUGAAAAACGGCAACACCGAUGAAGUUCCGGUCCCGGUCCCGGUCUUCUUUCAAUUCGCUCUCUCUCUACGAUCUAUCUCCGCGUCACGCACUUAACGACCAACUAACUAAUAUAACAAUGUAACUAUCGCGUACGCGCAC